ACUCCACUCUAGAUCUCUCUUCUUCUUUUGAGAACCAGAAGAAGAAGAAGAAGAAGAAGAAAGGGAGGACCAACUUUUCAAACCUCUCUCUUUCAAGUUUUCAUGGCUUAGGGACACAGAUAAUUUCAAGGGAGGGAACAUUAGCUGGUUUGACGUCCAAGGCCCGGCAUCACCCCACCGUCGAUUACGGAGCUCUUAAGAGAGAGAAGGAAAGAAAUUGGAAAAAAAAAAAAAGAGAGAGAAAGAGACUACUUAUAGCAGUAAUAGUGUGCAUAGCAUUAAAAAAGGUCAAACACUUAUUUUCUAGCUUUAUUACUUCAUCAUCUCACUCCAACCCCUCUUCCCCCAUUUCUCACCAUUUCUUUACAUCCUCUCCUCUCCCUCAUCAGCUCAGCCUCCUUUGGGAGCAACACAAGAUAAGCUGAGAACCAAAUAACAUUUCUCUUACUCCAACCAGGUUUCAGCUUUGCUCCUGCUGCUUCUUGUUCCUGCUGCUACACCCAUUUGUGAAAGAACAGAAACCAAAUUCACUUAUUAUUUUGUUAUUGAGGUGAAUCUUCAUCUGGGUCAUUAAAUUUUCGGAGAUUCACAGCUUGGUUUGAUCUCAGCUGCCCUUCUCUGUGUGAUUCUAGACUGCUUGUUUAGCCAUGGAAAAGGAGAAGCUUUUUGCGAAUGCUGGUAGCCCACCUCCCCUGAGCUAUGCUGCAUCUUCGUCAUCUCCACCUACCACCUGGCAUUCUUCAAAUUCGGCUAUGGAGCUUCCAUUAGGGGAGCUGAAUUGUUCUUCGGAGCAAUUGCCCAUUUGCUUCCUCAAUCUCAAUUGGGAGAAUUCCAUGGAUCAGAGCGUUCCCCUUGAAUCAGCCCUGAGCUCAAUUGUUUCUUCUCCGGCAACCUCGAAUGCCACAGGGGCCGUCCCAACAGACAGCGUCAUCAUCAGAGAAUUGAUUGGAAAACUUGGUAGCAUCUGCAAUUCCGGUGAGAUCUCUCCGACAUUGGGUGGAACUUCUGCUUCUUAUAUUGGGGGAAACAAUAGUGCCAACACUUCCUGUUACAAUACCCCUUUGAAUUCUCCACCAAAACUUAAUCAUUCCAUGAUGGGCCAUCAGGUCAGGGGGAAUCUACCAAUCCUGGGGAAUUCCAUGCCUAUACAUCCCAGUUUGGCUCCUUUCUGUGGUGAUCCUGGAUUUGCAGAGAGGGCUGCAAGGUCCUCCUGCUUUGGCAACCGGAGUUUUGGCGGAUUAACGGGCCAAUUUGGGUUCAAUGAAGCUGAUUUCCCUCACAGGUCAGUGCCCAGGCCGGAGAAUGGAAAGCUGUCCAGAGUCUCAAGCAGCCAAUCUCUCAAGGCUGUUGGGUCUCAGAUGGGUAGUCAGGAGAACAAGGAAACUCCAUUGCACGACGCAAUUGAGACAGAGAUAAGAUCUGCAUCCGCUCCGGCUUCGGCUUCGGCUUCGGCUUCGGCUUCAGAUAGAAAAUUCAGUAGAUUAUCGAGGUCUUCAACACCGGACAAUGCAGAAUUUGUAAAUGCUCUCGAGGAAUCUACAGUUUCCGAGCAAAUCUCAGGUGGGGAUUCUGCCAUGAAAGCUUCCAAUGAUGCCAAUUCCAGAAAGAGAAAAGCUACUCCAAAAGGAAAAGCAAAGAAUACCCCUUCAUCUCCUUCACGGAAAGACUCAAAGGAAGAGGAGGACCCAAAUGCAAAGAGAAGCAAACCAGCUGAAGCCACUGCAAAUGAGAAGGAUUUAACAAAGGCAAAGGAAGAAUCCCCUGGGGGUAACAAUGUAGGAGAUGGAGGUCAGAAGCAAACCAAGGAUAACUCAAAGCCACCGGAACCUCCAAAGGACUACAUCCAUGUUAGAGCAAGAAGAGGCCAAGCAACUGAUAGCCAUAGUCUUGCUGAAAGGGUCCGAAGAGAGAAGAUCAGUGAGCGGAUGAAGUUCCUUCAAGAUCUUGUACCAGGCUGCAAUAAGGUGACCGGUAAAGCAGUUAUGCUUGACGAGAUUAUUAACUAUGUUCAGUCACUGCAGCGCCAAGUUGAGUUCCUGUCAAUGAAAUUAGCCACUGUGAACCCCAGGCUGGAUUUCAAUGUGGAAAGUUUAUUCUCAAAGGAGAUUCUUCAAACUCGAGGAUCACUUCCACAUCCAAUUUUCCCAUUAGAUUCUUCAGCAUCAGCCUUCCCUUAUGGGCACCACCCUCAUCAAGGACCAUCCCUUCAAAGUGGAAUUUCUAGUGGAGCAGAGACCCAGUGCUCGGUGAACCCAUUAGAUGCCAUGUUUCGUCGAAAUCUAGGGUUGCAGUUACCUUCUGUUGAUGGUUUUGCUGAAGCUGCUUCUCAGCUCUCCGCAUUCUGGGAGGAUGACCUCCAAAGUGUUGUUCAGACGGGUUUUGGCCAGAACCAGAGCCAGGAAGUAGCAUUUCAGCCAGAGAGUUUCCAUGGCUCAUUGCCAACUGCCCACAUGAAAGUUGAGUUCUGAUCACCAUUUACCAGACUUGAAUUUGGUGGAGGCCCCAUGUAAAGGAGGCCUUUGUAUAUAAAAAGUGAUGCAAACGAGGUCCAGAAUUAUCAACCAUUACUCCUGUGCCAGAGAACUUUUAUCCUUUUUUUGGGUCCCCAUCUUUUUUGUUGAUCAUUUCAGUGACUGAUUCUUUGGAGAAGUCUUACAAGUUUCCUUUGUAAAAUCUUAGAACUAAUUGCGUCCUGUGGUGAAAAAUAUUAUUACACCACAUGUAAGAUGUAAAAUGGAGUGGAAGGAAGGUAGAGAUGGAAGGAAGGAGGAGUUUUGUCAUGAACUUCUGAUCCAACCUUUGUUGGGCAUAUUCAACCUUACCAUUCUGUAAUUCUAUUAUUAAUUCAUUGAGAUGUUUUAUUAUAUUUUAUGGUUCAA